CAAUGGCACCGGAAAAUAACCGCAUCUAAAAAUCAAUGUUUUUUUUCUUUGCCUACCUGCCUUUGGCCUAAACCACGACUACGUAUAGCUUCCCCUCCGCCCCAUCCCCGGCCUAUCCAUAUCCUCAACGGAGCGCCUGCCCAGUGCUCCCCUCCACAACCAUGCUGGCCCUUCGAAGAGUCGCCGCUGCGCCUGCGGCGCGCCAAUUGCCGCUAGCUGCUCCCCGGGCCGCCGCCACUAUCUCUCUGCAUAACCGGAGAUACUACAGCGACAAGGUCGCCAAAUUCACCGGCCAGAAGGGCGCCUCUGGUCGCUACCCCGUUAGCUUGAUCGAGGGUGACGGCAUUGGCCCCGAGAUCUCGGACGCUGUCAAGCAGAUUUUCGAGGCCGCCAAGGCGCCGAUCUCGUGGGAGCCGGUUGAUGUUACCCCCAUCCUCAAACACGGCAGGACCGCUAUCCCCGAUGCUGCCAUUGAAAGCAUCCAGAGGAACAAGGUUGCCCUUAAGGGCCCCCUGGCUACCCCGAUCGGCAAGGGCCACGUCUCCCUCAACCUGACGCUCCGCCGCACCUUCAACCUCUUCGCCAACCUGCGGCCCUGCCGGUCUGUUGCCGGCUACAAGACGCCUUACGACAACGUCGACACGGUGCUCAUCCGUGAGAACACGGAGGGCGAGUACUCGGGCAUCGAGCACGUGGUGGUUGACGGCGUGGUGCAGAGCAUCAAGCUGAUCACGCGCGAGGCCAGCGAGCGCGUGCUGCGGUUCGCCUUCCAGCAGGCGCAGGAGAUUGGUCGCAAGAAGGUGCUCGUCGUGCACAAGGCCACCAUUAUGAAGAUGAGCGACGGCCUUUUCCUUAGUGUGGGUAGGGAGGUCGCCAAGGACUUCCCCGGCAUCCAGUUCGAUGCCGAGCUGCUCGACAACACGUGCCUCAAGAUGGUGACGGACCCGGUCCCUUACAACGACAAGGUCCUGGUCAUGCCCAACCUGUACGGCGACAUUCUGUCAGACAUGUGCGCCGGCUUGAUCGGCGGUCUGGGGUUGACGCCCUCGGGUAACAUCGGUGACGAGUGCUCCAUCUUCGAGGCCGUGCACGGCUCGGCUCCCGACAUUGCGGGCAAGGGCCUGGCCAACCCGACCGCGCUCCUCCUGAGCUCCAUGAUGAUGCUGAGGCAUAUGGGGCUCGGCGAGUACGCCAACCGCAUCGAGAAGGCCACCUUUGACACGCUGGCUGAGGGCAAGGCCCUGACGGGCGACCUGGGCGGCAAGGCCAAGACCCACGAGUAUGCCGGCGCCAUUAUUGAGAAGCUGUAGAUACCAUGACCGGGCGGGGCUCUUCUCCUUAUUUUUUCCGUUUUCAACUUGCUUCCCAUACUCUUCGGAAGGCAGCGAUGCAGGAUAAAUGGAUUUGGGACGAGGCUGUAGUAGACUGUACCACAUCAUCAAAGCAAAUAAACUUUCCUUUUAUCUCUA